AAAUUGUUUAUUCGUCGAAAACAAUUCGAUCCAACAGCAGCAGCUUGUCUAUCGGCGCCAGUACACCGGGCUCUCCGGCUGAGGUAGAGCUCGGGGAGGAUGAGGACGGACAGAACGGGAUGAAGAAAACAGCGGAGGACAAACGGGGGAUCGGAGUGUUUAACCCCAUGAUCAAGUCAUCCAGUGGCUCCCCGGACAGCUCCUGUCCUGACUGGCUGCUCAGGGAACUGGAAAAUGCAGAGUUUAUCCCGAUCCCAGACUCUCCUGGGGAUGUGGCUAAGUUGCCGCUGAUCGCCGGGAAAGAGACGCUGCCGUACCACAAACUGCCGGAACUGAAAACCACCACCACUCCAGGGGCAGACACCCAGCCAGGCUCUGGGGCGAGGUGUGCCGGUGAAACGGUGGUGGUGGGGCCGGGCUGUGUAUGUGGGACACUGUUGGAGCAGGUACAGGAGCUGCAGGUGGUGGUGGCUCAGUGUGUGACACAACAGCAGCGGCUCCACGAGGAGAACCAGCGGCUCAGCUGUGAAUUAAAGCGAAUCUCACAGGGGGAUGAGAUCCGCAGACUCUGGCUCUCUGUGGGAGCAUUAAAGCAGCAAUCAUCGGAAUGUGACAGGAGCAGGACUGCCCAGUGUAACAGCGUUCCCAGCCCGGAGCCUGGCGUUCCCAGUCCAGAGCCUUGCAUUCCCAGUCCGGAGCCUGGCGUUCCCAGCCCGGAGCCUGGCGUUUCCAUCCUGGAGUCUGGGGUUCCCAACCCGGAUUCUGGGGUUCCCAGCCUGGAGUCUUGCCUAAACAUAUCCAGCCCGGAAUCCAUAUCAUUGGACGCUAGCCCAGAGUCAGAGGGCAGGACACUUCCGAAUCCCACGGCAGCUUCAGUUCUGGGAUCCAAUUCGUGUCAGAUCGAGUAGUGUGGAGGCCCUGCACCGCUCCCUCAGCACAGCCCAAUAACACCACCACCACGGGAAUGGUCCUGAGGAUGUGCUGGGCACUGAGGGGAGCUGGCAAUGGCAGAGAAGCUUACUGUCCAUGAGAAAGCCACAGGUCACAGGUAAUGGCUGCAGCCAGUGGGAGAGAGAGGUGACGUGGUCAAAGAAAUAGGUUGUAGGUGGGAUUUAAAGGUAAAGUGGAGGUGAUUGAGGCGGGGAGAGCCAGAGGUUAGAAGCGCAGUGACUGAAGGCUGAAUGCAUGGCCACCAAUAUUGGUGGGGAGGGGAGGGAUUGAGGGGGAGGGGGCAGGCCUGUGCCAGCUGAGUGAUGGGUGGGGGGGCAGAGGAGGGGCUACAAUGGACAUAUGUUGUGUGUUGAAUUCCGCUCUCUCCCUGGAGUGGCAGGGUUUAUACCAGGCUGUACUGUUAGCUGACGGGCAGAUGGGGUCAGUGAAUGGUUU